AUGGAUCUUUGGCAAGUACCACGUGUGAUGAAUCGCGUGAUGAAUGAAUACAUGCGCGAUUUCGACCGCAUGAUGUACCCCUAUUGGAGAGAGGCCGAUCAUUCUGUACUUCAUGUGGCCAAUGAAACCCAAAAGCUUGUCGACGAUGACAAGAAAUUCGCUGUCUCACUGGAUGUGUCACAAUUCCGCCCUGAAGAAUUGAAUGUGCAUUUGGAUGGUAGGGAGCUUACAAUAGAAGGGAAGCAGGAGCAUAAGGGUGACAACAGUUUUAUUCAGAGGUGGGAAAAUUCUUAUUUUUCUUAG